AUGCAACAAUCUCAAGCGCCAUCAUCAUCAUCGUCUUCAUACAUGUAUCCAUCAUCUCCAACACCAGGUUUACCUCUUUAUGAUUCUGGUUAUUCAUCAUAUGCUGGUUAUUCAUCACCAUCAUCAAGUUCAUAUCAUUAUUCAACAUGUCCAUAUUCAAACAACGAAUCAUUCUAUAUGCCUUCGGAAACUUAUUUACCAUACUAUAGUCCACCAUCACAAAUAAUGCAUCAACCUCCACAACCAUUUGCUAGUAGUACACCUGUACAAUCAAGUAAUGUAUGUCUUAUCCCAUCGAUUAAGGUUUCGCAAGGAAAACAUCCUCCUCAACAACGUCAACCAGCUACGCCAUCUCCAUCUUUAUGUUUAGCUCGUAAACGCAUCAGCGAUGAAGCAAUUGAACGUCUUAAUGCUUUUUAUGCAAUAAAAAAACGUCCAACUGAAGCUGAAAAAGAUCGUCUUGCUAUGGAAUGUAAUAUAACAUUAGCACAAGUAAAUACAUGGUUUAACAAUGCACGUUCACGUCGUGGUGAUACAAAUCCUAAAUUAGCACAAAAAUUACUUAAACAACAAAUUGAUUCGUUAAACAAUCAAGUCGCUUUUCUGCAACAACAACAACAACAGCAAUCAUCGUCAUCAGAACAUAAUUCUUUUUGA